CGGCCAGUGUGACCAUUAAUCGCCGAUGUUGCCACAAUCGACGAAAAUUGUGUGAUAUUGUGUGAAGUGGAAAGAAUAAAAAAAACUUGGUGGCAAGAAAGACGUCGGGUGCCCACAAAAAAGAGUGUUGACUAUUGUAAGAAAAAUUGCAACGCGCCAAAUCCUGGCAAAACCGGAAGCAAAAAAAAAGAAAAAAAUCCACCAACAACAACAAGCAAAUUUUUUUUUGCUGGAAUUUUUCUUUUAAGUUUUUGUGUUGUUGAGGCGCUGACAACGACGAAGCGACGCCACGCCGCUUAACAAAACACAACAACAACAACAAUAUUAUUAGCAUAUAAUUUGUUUUUGCGCGCAGCCAUAACAAAAACACACACACAAACACACACAACAAUCAUGAACUCGAAACGCAUGAAAUACACAACGCCAACGAGCAAAGAGGAAAUUAUCAUACAACAACAACAACAACAACAGCAGCAGCAGCAACACGAUGUUGUGGCAGAUGUGGUCGCCGAUGUGGAAGACGAAACUGGCGCCACAGAACUAUACACUUAUGCCUAUGCCACCAACGACGACGAAGUCGAUGAGGGCGAUGUCGAUGACGAGGAGAUCGAUGAUGUGGACGACGAUGUCGAUGGCGUUGUGACCAAUGCCCAAGAAGUGAUUAUCGAUGAGCAUGGGCAUGCGGUGACCUUGCAACAGCUGGUGGAGAACAGCACCGUCGAAGAGGUGGAGACCAUUGAACAAGGUGACGGCACACACACCAUUCUACACAUUGUGCCCAAUAUGCAGCAGCAACAUGUUGUUCAUGAUGUCGACGAUGUCGAACACGAUGAACUCGAUGACGAUGUGGACGACGAGGAUGUGGAUGACGGCGGCGAUAAUGUCGGUGUCGAGGAGGGCGAAGUCGAUGAUGUGGACGAUGAGGAUGCCGAUGGCGAUGAGGAUGAUGAUGAAUUGGGUUCGAUUGUGUACGAGGGCACCAUCGAUCACAGUCCCGACUCCGAUUCGCAAUCGUCGCGCAACAAAACCUUCUAUUGCCCCAAUUGUGGCAAUUGCUAUAGCGCCGCCGGCUCAUUAAAGCUCCAUAUGCGCGCCUGUCUGCGGCAACGCAACGAAGUCUCCGCAGAGGAUCGCAAAUGCAAGGUGUGCAGCAAAAUCUUUAAUUCGGUGGCAUACCUUAAGGAGCAUAUGAUGCGACAUACGGGCGAACAGCCGUUCCGUUGCACACGCUGUUAUCGCAAAUUCGUCGAUGAAUCCAAAUACAAUACACACAUGGAUUCGCACAAGCAUCAGGAUAAACUUGAGGCCGAGGCGGAAGCAUUGGCCGCCCAACACGGUGGCAAAAAGGUUGUCGUCAAGGAGUUUACAUGCUCGUUCUGUGCGCAGAACUUUACGGUUGUCUUCGAUGUGGGGCAGGUGAAGCGUCGCUAUGCCUGCGAUGCGUGUCGCGACAAAUAUUCAAAUGCGGAGGCGUUGCGUCAGCACAAACAGCAGGUGGAGGAGAAGCGUGAAUUUAGCUGCGAGCGUUGCGGUCGCAAGUUUGUCUUCGAGGGUUUCCUGCAACGUCAUUUGCCAACCUGUGAUGGCAGCAUUAAGCGGCGUCGCGACAUGAAGUAGAGGUGGCAGCAACGUGAUGGCAGCUGGCGGCGACGUCGCAAGGCAAGGAGCAAACAACACGAUGACGAACAGGAGGAGGAGGAGGAAGAGCAGAAUGAAGAAGAGGAAGAGGAAGAGUCACCGCCAAUGCGUUACGUUGUUAUUAAACAGGAGGAGCUGGAGGAGAAGCUAGAAGAGCUGUAGGAGGCGCCACACUAUCAGCAGCAGCAGCCCAAGAGGCUGCCACGCCCCCCAAUACCAACAAAAACACAAACACACAUGAACACACACACACACACGCCCUUGUUUUAGCUAAAUAUUAUAGCUCUUAGAACUGUAAAGAAAAACCACACAAAACCAACAAAACAAUUUUCAUUUUAUACACACACACACACACAUUGAGGAACAUUCAUGUAAACUGCGCUUGUGGAACUUAAAUGCGAGCUGUCUUUUAUGGUUUGGCAUCCAAAGGAGAGCGAAUCGUCUUUGAUGUGGAACCUAAAUGCUAGCUGCUUUUGUUGAAUCCAAAGCGCAAGGCAAAAAAAACAACAACGCAAAAAAGGAAUGCAGCUUGCAUUUGUGGAACUUAAAAGCACGCUGCUAAACGAAAAACCAACAACAAUAUACAAAAAGGAACCCAACACACACACACACACACACACACAUGCGCAGCUGCCAGCGAAGAAGAAGAUGCGGUAGCUGCAGCCGCAGCCGCAGAUGAAACCAAUCAAUUAUUUUUUUUUAAAUAUGUAAUCAUAAUUAUAAGAAUUUGUUAUCGCAAUUCGAUCGAGACAUCAAACUACAAAAACAACAUCAAGGCAAAAAACAAAACCCAAUAUAAUACAAAACAUCAAACGACAAAACAAAAUGGCGCAUAAGUCUCUCAGUCUCUAAUGUAUAGUUUACGUACUUUUUAAUUUCAAUGUAUGAAAUGUAUACUUACAUUUUCCAAUACAAACACCAAACUCCAACACACACACACGAAAAAAAAAAACUUUUAUUAUAAUAGCCGCUAAUCUCUAAAUACAACAAUGCUAACAAAUGCAUUCAUUGAUGUUGAUUGAAUUCAAUAAAAACGAACACUUAAACAAAAAAGCAAAAAAAA